UGAUUUUUCAGCCCUUCCGGCUCCAAUUACAUCAUACUCUUACUCAAAUUUUAUUUAAAUAUAUAUGGGGGUUUUCCUUCUUUUUUUAUUUUUUAUUUUUUUUAUAACCAACAGAUCUCAUGUCUUCUCUUUCUCUUAGCUUCCUCACCUCCCAACUGAAGAGCUCUUCAUAUUUGCCGCCACCUAGCAAGUGGUAGUCACUGCCAUAUCAUCGGUCACCGGCUCCGCCCUUUCAUUAGAAAUGUGGAUCUCAUGGUUUGGCUAUGUAAACGGGUUCGGGACCGAAAUGAGAGAGUAUGGGGCAAGAUAUUUCUAUACAGGCCGGGUAGAGUUCAAGGAAACUUGUUCGAAAUUAGCUCCUUUGCCAUUCCCCUCACUGGCGUGCACUCAUACACACAGUUAAGGUUCGUGCUUCGAACCCAGCUGUGAUUAAGGUUUUACCUCAUCGGGGCUUCUGAUUCAACUGAGAUGAACUUUUUCCCGAGAAAAUGAUCAGAUUCGAGGCAACAUCGAUCAAUCUAACAAGUUUGCGGGCUGUUUCCUCUUGCCUUACACAAUAAUGCCUCGAUACUAUUGUGACUAUUGUGACACUUAUCUGACACAUGAUUCUCCAUCUGUCCGAAAGCAGCACAAUGCAGGCUAUAAACACAAGGCAAAUGUGCGAACCUAUUAUCAGCAAUUUGAGGCACAGCAAAACCAAAGUUUGGUUGACCAGAAGAUCAAGGAACAUCUCGGGCAAGCGGCAGUAUACCAGCAAGUUGGUGCUGCUUACAACCAACUGAGGCCCCGUAUUCCUAUUCUACCUCCUCCUGUAUUGCCGAUUGCAGGGAACACACAGUUACCUAUGAAUUCACCAUUACUAGCAGGAUAUAGGCCUCCAGUUUUGCCAAGACCAGCUCCUGGCACACAAGGUUAUAUGUCUGCUCCCACCAUGCCACCAAUGGUUGGGCCAUCUGGUGCUCCUUCCUUUCUUGGUCAAAUUAAUGGUCUCCCAAGGCCUCCGAUUCUGAAUCCCCUGACAAUGGUUCCAGGGAGCACAGCGGCACCUACUUCUAGUGGUGCCACUUCAGUGGUGACACCAGCUAUGUAUCAAGCCAGUCCACCGGUGCCAACAUCUGGAAGUUUUGAUAGUUUCAACUUGAAUGCUGAACCAACUGAGGCUAAUCAUUAGUUCGUUGAAGCUGGUGACAAAGGAGCAGACGAUAAGCAUGACUUGCGGAGCUACUCUCGUGGUAGAUUCUUCUUUUGCAAUGCUUAAUUUUGGGUCAUUCUUUUUUUUUUUUUUUCCUGAAUGGUAUGUUUUUGGGUCAUUCAAGUUUCCAAUGUGUGCGAACUUCUCGUGUGUUGCUAAAUGCAGGGGACAGUUGUGUGAUUAAAAUCAUGAAAACCAUUUUAGUUUCUGUUGCAAAGGAUUGCAACUUCUCAGGCAUAAUUUUCUUUAAACGUACCAAUGAAUGGCCCUUUUGGUAA